CAAGGAGUUCGUGCCAUGUCACGACUGAUCGUGAAGAACCUCCCGAAUGGGAUGAAGGAGGAGCGUUUCAAGCAGCUCUUCGCCGCCUUCGGCACACUGACAGACUGCAGCCUGAAGUUCACCAAAGAUGGCAAGUUCCGGAAGUUUGGCUUCAUCGGCUUCAAGUCUGAGGAGGAGGCCCAAGCAGCCCUGUGCCAUUUCAACAAGAGCUUUGUCGACACAGCCCGGAUCACGGUGGAGUUCUGCAAAUCAUUUGGGGACCCGACAAAGCCCCGGGCGUGGAGCAAACAUGCCCAGAAAGUAAGCCAGUGUCCAGCACCCUCCCAGGAUCCCGUUUCCACGGAAACGAAGCAGGAGAAGAAGAAGAAGAAGGUCACUGGUGAACUGGAGCAGCUGAAGGAAGACACCGAGUUCCGGGAGUUCCUGUCAGUCCACCAGCGGCGGACGCAGGUAGCCACGUGGGCCAACGAUGCCCUGGCCGCCAAGCCCAAGCAGGGGAAGGGCCAGCCGGCGGGCGACUACCUCAAUUUCGACUCAGACUCGGGAAAGGAGAGUGAGGAGGAGGGCCCCAGUGAAGACCUGGAUGAAGAAGAAGACCUCACGCAGAAGGCAGCCGUGCAGGAGGGGCUGUCGGACAUGGAUUACCUGAAGUCCAAGGUCGUGAAGGCCGAGCUGCUGUCUUCCGAGGAGGAGGAGGAGGAGGAGGAGAGUGAAGAUGAAGCCGUGAACUGUGAGGAGAGCAGUGAGGACGAGGGCCCAGCGCAGCCUGAGCUCGAGAGGACAGGGGCCGGCCAUGGGCAGGGACAGCCGCUGCCACCUGAGGCCAAAGCCGAGGCAGAGAAGCCGGCAACCCAGAAGGAGCCCACUACCCCUCACACCGUGAAGCUGCGGGGAGCUCCGUUCAACGUCACGGAGAAAAAUGUUACGGAGUUUCUGGCACCGCUGAAACCAGUGGCCAUUCGGAUUGUGAGAAAUGCUCAUGGGAACAAAACAGGUUACAUCUAUGUGGAUUUCAGCAGUGAGGAGGAGGUGAAGAAAGCGCUGAAGUGCAACCGGGAAUACAUGGGUGGACGCUACAUAGAGGUGUUCAGGGAGAAGAGUGUUCCACUGGGCAAGGGGCCCUUGAAGAACAACGCCAAGCCCUGGCAAGGCCGGACGCUCGGGGAGGACGAGGAGGAGGAGGACCUGGCUGACUCGGGACGGCUCUUUGUGAGAAACCUGCCCUACAGCAGCACCGAGGAGGACCUGGAGAAACUCUUCUCCAAAUAUGGUCCGCUGUCUGAGCUGCACUACCCCAUCGACAGCCUGACCAAGAAGCCCAAGGGCUUCGCCUUCGUCACCUUCAUGCUCCCCGAGCACGCAGUGAAGGCCUACGCCGAGGUGGACGGGCAAGUGUUCCAGGGCAGGAUGCUCCACCUGCUGCCGUCCACCAUCAAGAAGGAAGCCAGCGAGGACGCCCACACGCCGGGAUCCUCUUCCUACAAGAAUUGGAACACGCUGUUCAUGGGGCCGAAUGCCGUGGCUGACGCCAUCGCGCAGAAGUACAGCGCCACCAAGAGCCAAGUGUUUGACCACGAAACGAAGGGCAGUGUGGCCGUACGCGUGGCCCUGGGGGAGACCCAGCUCGUUCAGGAGGUGCGGCGCUUCCUCAUCGACAAUGGGGUUUUAACGACUGAUGUGGCCAUGCCCCUGGACCCUGAGCUGCAGAAAGCGGGCCAGUUUCACCACGUCCCCCUAUACCUGGAAUGGGCUCCAGUGGGUGUCUUCUCCAGCUCAGCCCCAACCCCAGCUCCACAGAAGAAAGAACCCAAGGACAAGGCUGCAGAGACAGACACGGCGGGUGCAGAGACAGUAUCAGACAGCGAGACCCCAGAAGGUAAAAAGCCAGCAGAAGGAGCAGCAGAUGAUUCGUCAGUGGCAAAGAUGGAAGAAGAGGAGGAAGACGAGGAGGAGGAGGAGGAGAGCCUUCCGGGGUGUACCCUGUUUAUUAAAAACCUCAACUUCGACACGACAGAGGCGACGUUGAAGGAAGUGUUUUCCAAGGUGGGAAUGGUGAAGAGCUGCUCCAUCUCCAAGAAGAAGAGCAAAGCAGGAGCGCUGCUUUCCAUGGGCUUUGGCUUUGUGGAGUACAGGAAGCCGGAGCACGCCCAGAAGGCGCUCAGGCAGCUCCAGGGUCAAAUCGUGGACAGCCACAAGCUGGAAAUACGGAUUUCAGAAAGAGCCAUCAAGCCAGCCACAACAUCCACGAGAAAGAAACAAGUGGCUAGAAAACAGACAACCUCCAAGAUCCUGGUUCGAAACAUCCCUUUCCAAGCUGACAGCCGGGAGAUCCGGGAGCUCUUCAGCACGUUCGGUGAGCUAAAGACCGUGCGCCUGCCGAAGAAGAUGACCGGGACGGGCACACACAGAGGGUUCGGCUUUGUUGACUUCCUCACCAAGCAGGAUGCCAAGCGUGCCUUCAAUGCCCUGUGCCACAGCACCCACCUUUACGGCCGCAGGCUGGUCCUGGAGUGGGCGGACAGCGAGGUGACCGUGCAGGCCCUGCGGCGGAAGACGGCUGAGCGCUUUCACGAGCCCCCGAAGAAAAAGCGGUCUGUGGUGUUGGACGAGAUCCUGGAGCAGCUGGAAGACAGCGACGACAGCGCGUAGCAAACCCUUCAGCUGCGAGCUGGCACCGCACUGGGACGUCCCCCCAUCUUCCUGACUGUCCCUGACUGUCAGUUGAAGCUCCGUUUUCCUCAAGAAGUUCCCCUGUCCACUUUCUCUGGAGUGAAACUCCCAACUCUUUUCAGUGCCAACCCCGGCCACCCACUGCCAUCUCAGAAGCCUGUCCCUGCCAGCCACAGCUGGGCUUUGAACACGGGCGUCUUUGAUCUCAAGGCUCGUCCCACCUCCAGAACAUAUGCUCUAAACAGUGGGGACUAUUAA